AUGAAAGCAGUCACCUAUGAACAGAAUGAACCAAACCAGGGACUGGAUGGCAUGGCUGAAUCAAUAAACUUUCAUUUGCAUCCCGUGCUCGUGUGUAAAAGUACACCACCUGAUAAAUUGUCAGUAACUGCACGUGCUUGCAACACUCACACCUCAAUGAUGUUGGAUAAUCGAGACUGUUUCUCCUAUAUCGCUCAUAACAUUCGAUCGCUUCAUUUCCUCGCAUUUUGUCUCAAUGCGUCACUCCUGAGAGAAAUUGCUCUUCACGUCGCUGGCAUGCCUAACAUAAGCUUGAAGGAGAAGAUACAGGUACUCAAGAGCGAAAAAUUGACGGAAGAGCGCAAAGUUGUACUCUAA